AUGAGUACGACGGAAAUGAUGGAGAGAGACGCAAUGGCUACGGUGGCUCCCUAUGCGCCGGUCACGUUCCAUCGCCGUGCUCGUGUAGACUUGGAUGAUAGACUUCCUAAACCUUAUAUGCCAAGAGCACUGCAAGCACCAGACAGGGAACAUCCGUACGGAACCCCGGGCCACAAGAAUUACGGACUUAGUGUUCUUCAGCAACACGUUGCCUUCUUUGAUAUUGAUGACAAUGGCAUCAUCUACCCUUGGGAGACCUACUCUGGGCUGCGAAUGCUUGGUUUCAAUAUCAUUGGGUCGAUUAUAAUAGCUGCUGUCAUCAACCUGGCCCUUAGCUAUGCUACUCUACCGGGGUGGUUACCUUCACCGUUCUUCCCUAUAUACAUCCACAAUAUACACAAGUCAAAGCAUGGAAGCGACUCAAAAACAUACGACAAUGAAGGGAGGUUUAUGCCGGUGAACCUUGAGUUGAUAUUUAGCAAAUAUGCAAAAACCUUGCCAGACAAGUUAAGUCUUGGAGAACUCUGGGAGAUGACCCAAGGAAACCGCGACGCGUACGACCUUUUCGGAUGGAUUGCAGGCAAAGUGGAAUGGGGAUUGUUGUACUUACUAGCGAGGGAUGAAGAAGGGUUUUUGUCAAAAGAAGCAAUUAGACGGUGUUUUGAUGGCAGCUUGUUCGAGUAUUGCGCCAAGAUCUACGCUGGUAUCAAUGAAGACAAGACAGCUUAUUACUAA